AUGCUGUCCCCUUCCGUCACUGCCCUUUUGGCCAUUGGCCUCGCUCCUCUGUUGGCGUCUGCUCAGUUUCGCAUCACCGGCGCUCCUGGUGCCACCAGGAACAAUGUUCCUUCAAGGAGAAACAUCAAUGACUUGUACUCUGAAGGAGGUCCUCAAUGGGACCUUUAUAUCCAGGCACUCAGUCAACUUCAGUCAAAAGAUUCCGCCGACCCCCUCGGCUACUUCCAGAUUUCGGGCAUUCAUGGCGCACCGUUCAUCGAAUGGAACCAUGGAGGAGCGCGCAACAAUAACGGCUGGGGACCCCCCCCCCCCCCUUUUCCUCCUCCGUGUCGGAUUCAUCUUGUACUAACGGGCGACAAGGAACCCCUCUUUCUGCCCUGGCAUCGGCCCUAUGUCCUUCUUUUCGAGCAGCGCCUCGUCGAGCUCGCCAUCGCUAUUGCUUCCCAGUAUCCCGCGGCGUUCCAUGACCAGUAUUUGGCAGCGGCGAAUAGCCUUCGCUCACCGUUCUGGGACUGGUCUGCCGAUUCCAACGUCCCGGCCUGCACCGUGCCGCAGACUGUAUUCAUCAAGGUCCCAAACGGCCAGAACCUGACGCGUAGUGAGGUCAGGAAUCCAUUAUCAUGGUAUGACUACCCGUCGGAAGCCCGAGACGGUCGGUACGGGCCGUUUAUUCAAGCACCGCGGACGUCGAGGUGUGCUGCUCCCGCACGGAACCCUGACUCGGCAAACCAAGAACUGCAGUCGUAUGGACUCAGGCAGGCGACUUAUGACAUCUUCGCCACCGCUACCACCUUCAACGAGUUUGCCGUCAGCGGCAGAGUCCAUCACCUCGAAGAGUUGCACAACGACGUCCACUACUCGGCCGGCUGCCAGGGCCAGUUUUUGGACGCUGGUGUGAGCGGUUUCGACCCCCUGUUCAUGCUUCACCAUACUCACGUCGACCGCCUCUGGGCGUACUGGCAAUUCAUCGUCCCGUCCCAGGCCAGUUUCAGCGGCUCUUACCAGGGUCAAUCGCGUUUCUCGACCCCCGCAGGCACCGUCAUCCACCCCAACUCCCCUCUCCCGCCGUUCUUCGACCGCAGCCUCAGAUACUUCACGCCCAACUCGGUCUCGAGCAUCCGGGGAAUGGGGUACACCUACGAGGGGCUCGAGUACUGGCGCAUGUCUGCUCAGCAGCUCCGGCAAAGCGCCAUCCAGACCAUCAACUCCCUCUACGCGCCUGCUUCGGCCUUUGCCAAGAGAAGUGGCGCCGAGGCCCAGACUCGACACUUUGCUCACAUCGAGCUUGACAGAAACCAAGUCCAGCGUCCAUCCGCUGUCACGUUGUUCAUUGCUGGGAAGAAGGUCACCACCGUCCCUGUCAUGAGCGCGCCGGCCAAGGGUAUCCUUCACAGCAGUGUGUCCAUCGACAAAGUCCCGAAUGAGUCGUCGUGGAAUACCGUCGAGAUCCAGAUCAGCAAGCCCGACGGGACUACAAUUGAUGUGGACGGGGUGGACAGCCUCAAAAUCACCAUUGAGACAGUCUCCAUGAGGCUUGCCGCGUCGCGUGACGAGUUUCCUGAAAUCGUUGAUUCAAAAUCGUAUGUUGCCAAGAUCCAGCCGUUGUCAGAGGGUGGACCAAAAUAG